GCUAAUCCCAUUCCCACUCCGCUGCGCAACCCAACCACUCCGCCCCACCGAGAGGGAGAAGCUUCGAGGCGCUAGGGUUUCCCGUCCCGAUGGCCGUCGCCGACGACACGGCGAAGCCCUCGCCGCCGCCGCCGCGGAUCGUCGUCGUGGUGCUAGCGCUCGUGCCCUUCGUCCUCGCCCCAAUGCUGGCGCUCGGGCGCAUCGUCGGCGUCGCGGCCCAAGCGCUCCCCUACCUGGGCUACGGGGUCAUCUGGGUUCUCGCCGCGGCCUCGGCUGCCAAGGUCGUGGCGGCCCGCGCCUGGGGCGACGGCUCCGCCCCCUCCGUGUUUCUCCAGGCGCUCACGGACGCGGCUUUCAAGGUCUCCCUACGCGGCACCUUUCUCUUGCUCGCGCUUGCCGCCGUUCUGCUGUGCGGCGCUUGCCUGGCCUUCAUGGUUGCAGCUGUAUCCGGCUCAGGUUCCGAGUUCAAGAAGGGCGCCCUUGGAGCAUUCAAGCAGCACUCGACUCGGGAGUUUUUCCCCCGCACCGCAGUCCUUGGAUGGGUCGCGUAUGUGCCUUUUAUGCUACUGCUUUUCACUGGUUAUCUGAUCCAAGACAUGAUGCCGUCACCUGUGGAGGGAUCCAUAUCUAAGGGGGAAAUGAUUGGAUCUGUGAUUGUCGAUGUGGGGGUAGUUGGCACCAGUGCAAUAUCCUGCUUUGUUGUCAUUCCAGCUUUAGCACUGCGUAACUGGAGGGAUAACCAGUCGGACAGAAAAGCAGGACUCACUGUCUGAGGUGUGAAGAAGCGCUGGGCAGAUACAAGAGACUUCGCUGAAGAUUAUGGCCGCUGACAAGUACUGGAUCACAGUUACAUGUAUUCCACGACUGUAUAUUGGUCCACUGCUAGUAUUGCAUGCUCCAUGUGCUAGGAGCUCUCAUAAUUGUACAUUGUGGUGUUUCAUACGUCAGUGUUUACCUGCUGCUGGGAUUGCCUGGAAUACGUUUGAAACCCUGCCGGAGGAUAGUGCUUUUCUAGGCCUAUAAAUUUGUUGUGUUUGCGGUUUUAUGUUGGAUAACUAUUCGUUCUUUGCAAGAGGUGUUAGCUCUGGCAGUUAUCAUAGCAUGAUAUGUGUGUGGCGAGCACGAAUGUUA